GUUACAUUUUUUGUCUUCUUCAUCUGGCUUCCAUCCCCUACUUGGAUCCUCUUCUUCUUCUUCAUUAUUAUUUUUUUCUACAACACAGAUUUGAUCUCUACUAAUCUUCAGCUAAAUUAGCUGACAGGGAAACUAGAGACACUAUGAUGUGCUUUCAGUUCCCUAACUGUGUAGACAAAGAUGAAGAAUCAUUAAGUCCAACACAAGUAAGUACAAUCCAGUCAUUAAGUUCUGGAUCUAAUGAUUGUAAUGCAUCUGGGUCAUCAGAAACAAAAUACCAAAGUGUCCGUGAUCCAACUGCCAAAUUAAGAAAGUCCAAGUAUUAUCCUAGUUUCUCUAGAAUGCCAACUAAUCUUAGAGUGUUCAAAGUUUCCGAGCUCAAAUCGGCUACCAAGAACUUUAGUCUUUCCGCAAAGCUUGGAGAGGGCGGGUUCGGGUCUGUCUAUGUUGGUACCGUCAAAGAUCUUCGCGAAACGAAUAAAGAGUUCAAAGUUGCUGUCAAGCAGCUUGGCAAAAGAGGAUUUCAGGGGCACAAGGAGUGGGUGGCAGAGGUGAAUGUUCUUGGGAUAGUUCAACAUCCAAAUCUAGUUAAGUUAGUUGGAUAUUCUGCAGAAGAUCAUGAAAAAGAAAUCCAGCGGCUUCUCGUUUAUGAAUAUAUGCCUAAUAAAUGUGUAGAGUAUCAUCUGUCUACUAGAUCCCCGACUCCACUUUCGUGGUCUAUGAGGUUGAAAGUAGCUCAAGACACUGCUCGCGGCUUAGCAUACCUACAUGAGGGAAUGGACUUCCAGAUUAUUUUUAGAGAUUUCAAAUCUUCAAAUAUUCUACUAGACGAUCAAUGGAAUGCUAAGCUUUCGGAUUUUGGAUUGGCGCGGUUAGGCCCUAAAGAAGGAUAUUCACAUGUCACAACAGCAGUAGUAGGAACAAUGGGAUAUUCUGCUCCAGAAUACAUACAGACAGGGCGUCUUACAUCGAAGAAUGAUGUAUAUAGCUACGGAGUGUUUCUUUAUGAACUAAUAACAGGCAGGCGUCCAAUGGAUCGAAACCGACCCACGGGUGAGCAGAAGCUUCUAGAAUGGGUAAGACCCAACCUGGAUGACAAAAAUUUCCAUCUUAUAGUUGAUAAAAGACUUGAGGGUCAGCACUCACUAAAGUCAGCAAUAAAGUUGUCAAUGGUUGCAAACAAGUGCUUGUCUAGAGACCCUAAAUCAAGACCAAAGAUGAGUGAGGUUUUGGAAAUGGUUAACCGGCUUGUAGCGGCUCAACCAGAUUCGGUAACGGAUACUCCUAGGUCACCUCUUGGUGUUCGAGUCCCUUUCGAUGCUUUAGAAGGGGCCAAAAAGACUGAUGAAAAUGAUGGGAAACUUGGAGAUUAUUCAGCUUGGUUUUCUGGAUUAUGGUCUUGGAAACCCUCAAUCACUUGUGGAAUGAAGUGACAAGGUAUAUAGAGUUUGUUGCAAAUCAUGUUUAGUUCCAUGAUAGGAGUAGUUCUUGCUGCUGCAGAAAUGAUAGUGUUGAUAUGAUGAGAAAUUAUCUUUUUCUGUCGAAUUCUUAGUUAAACUACAUUAUCAAAAUGUAGAAUCAACUUAGAUUUCCAAAAUUUCGUUGAUUGGGUUAAAACCCUAAAAUUGUUUCCUACAAUUGGAAAGCAGGGGUUGUGAGAUGCCCACCCAUCGCUUAGAGACAGGGGCGGCUCAAUUAUUUUGGGAGCCCAAAUCAAAGUAAAGACUAAAGGCUCUUUUUAAAUGUUUUUGUUAUACACGGUGGCGUAUCUAAGAUUUUUUUUUCAUUGACGGUAAAA